CCACUUUUUAGCGAACAAACACGAACGUCGCGUUGAGCUUUGGGUACUUACAAGUCAUACAGGCAGGUCGCAUUUAGUUUAAUGAACAACAAGUCAUUUAACAAACAAGAAGAUGAAGUUGCCUCUUAGGUCAAGAAAUAUUGCCGGGUUGUUAACGAUUGUUGGCGGAGUGUUUAUGCAUCUGUCAAUCGGAGCCACGUACACAUACGGAAAUUUCUCGCCAUACUUUGUUUCCUACUACCGCAAUCGCACAGCGGAAACGGAACUACGCAACGAAGACUCGCUUUGGCUUAUGACCGCCACAUCGUUCGGAGGCGCAAUCGGCAUGUCAAUGUCCGGACUGAUGGUCGAUAGGUUUGGGCCCCGUAUCUCCUUGAUAUUAGGAAUCGUAGUGUUCUGUGCGACAACAGCAUUGAACUACUUCAGCGUACGCGGCAGUUACGCAGCCAUGGUUAUCAUAUACGGGUUCAUAAAUGGGUUCGGAAACAGGAUCAUAUACCCUAUACCCGUGGCCAUAGCUAUGAAAUGUUUUCCAACGCGACCUACGUUUGUGGCGGGAAUAAUCGUUGCCGGCUCUGGUGGAGCCGCAAGCAUCUUCAAUCAGAUCAUCACCGCCUUCAUUAACCCCGACAACUACUCUCCCGACCUGGUCACACAAGAGGGAGAUAGAUAUUUUACACAACCGGAUCUACUGGACCGAGUACCAUACAGUUUUCUGGUCCUGGGCGGUUCGUUCUUCUUGCUCCUGGUACUCGGGCUGCUCUGUAUCCGGGAACCAGCUCCGGAGGUAUUGGGUAAUACAGAAAUAGACUUAGUGGAGACCAAACAUGGAACAGAGGAACUGUCGUUGCCUAUCAUUUCUAAUGGUAAAAUAGAAAUGACUGGCAAACCGGAAGUAGUUUCGAUUGGAUCUCAAACUCACGUUUCAGAUUCCAUUAAAAGAAAGAGCUACGAUCUAGGCAGUUCAAUAAUAUUACCCACCUCUGCCAAAGACAUGGGGGCACUAGAAGUCAUGAAGCUCGCGUUUAGGACACGCGCGUUUUACGUGGUCUUCUUAUCUGCAUUGAUCAUUAAUAUCGGAACUGGAUUUGUAUUUAAUCUCUACAAGUCAUACGGACAGACGUUCAUCGCAGACGACAAAUUCCUGUCGGUUGUCGGGUCCAUGUCGUCCGUGUUUAACUGCCUUGGUCGCCCCUUCUGGGGCCUUGUCAUGGAUCGUUUCGGGUACAGGGCGACCUUGUGGUGCAUAACCGGUGGGCUCACCGUUGCCUGUGCGACCUUGACCUUGACCGAGGGGAUGCCUCAAGGUUUGUUCAUGCUGUGGGUAUGCGUCGUAAUAGGACUGGGCUGCGGUCAGUGGGCGGUAUAUCCAGCUACCAUCUCGCGUAUCUUUGGCAUCAAACACAUGGCGCUGCUGUACGGCUUCAUAGCCUGGGGAACGGCCUUUUCAAGUUUACUGACGUCUAUAGCUGGAACCGGUCUUAAGUCGAGUUUAGGGUUUUCAGGCCUAUUUUACAUAGCUUCAGGAACAUCCGGUUUUGGCUUCCUUUUAACGAUACUGUUCAAUGGGAAGGACUACACUGGCGGACGGAUCUAGAAGAUCGGUCAACGAUUAACAUCGGUAAUCGUCAAUAAUCAUCGGUGGACAUCGGUAAUAUCGGUUUACGAAGUACUAGAAACUGGUGGACAAAGCUUAAACUGCUUAAAAUUUCUGAAAACUGUGUGAAAAGACAACACAGACAGAUCUCAUAGGCCUUUAAGAAAAUAAUUAGUGUUUGCUAAAACGAAGUUUCCACAUUUGUAACAAAAAUUUACAAAACAUAUUAAAACAUAUGGCAGCAAAGAACGUGUGUAGAUUCGUUCAAGAAAACAUCAAUGUUGUAUUAUAUCAUAUUGGAAUAAUAACACAUUCUUAAAAGUAUCGGAUAAUAUCUAAAACGUUAUCUGACAUUCAGUAGUACUAGCACACACUUAUGGCUUGAUAUGUAGUAGCACAUACUUAUGGCUUGAUAUGAAGUAGCACAUACUUAUGGCUUGAUAUGUAGUAGCACAUACUUAUGGCUUGAUAUGUACUUGCGCAUGCUUAUGUAUUGAUAUGUACUAGCACAUACUUAUGGCUUGAUAUGUACUAGCACAUACUUAUGGCUUGAUAUGUACUAGCGCAUACUUAUGGCUUGAUAUGUACUAUCACAUACUUGUGGCUUAUAAUGUAGUAGCACAUACUUAUGGCUUGAUAUGUACUAGUACAUACCUAUGGCUUGAUAUGUACUAGCACAUACUUAUGGCUUGAUAUGUACUAGCAAAUACUUAUGACUUGAUAUGUACUAGCACAUAUUUAUGGCUUGAUAUGUACUAGCACAUACUUAUGGCUUGAUAUGUAGUAGCACAUACUUAUGGCUAGAUAUGUACUAGCACAUACUUAUGGCUUGAUAUGUACUAGCACAUACUUAUGGCUUGAUAUAUACUAGCACAUACUUAUGGCUUGAUAUGUACUAGCACAUACUUAUGGCUUGAUAUGCACUACCACAUACUUAUGGCUUGACAUGUACUAGCACAUACUUAUGGCUUGAUAUGUACUAGAACAUACUUAUGUCUUGAUAUUUACUAGCACAUACGUGUGGCUUGAUGUGUAUUAGCACAUACUUAUGGCUUAAUAUGUACUAGCACAUAUGUAUGGCUUCAUAUGUACAAGCACAUACUUAUGGCUUGAUAUUUUUUUUUACCUGUAAGCGAAUGCAGGCAUUUCAAAGGUAAAUUUCUUAUAAUAUGGUAUCUGUGUCAAAAACGGUAUUUUCUAUGACAAUAUGUUGUAAUUCUUACCAAGCAUGUUUAUAUUUUAAAGCUUUGUUUACUUUCAAAUCCUCAGUUGUGAUUUCAAUGCCUGCUUGGGAUUUUAAAUUUUAA